AUGAAACCAGUUGUAUCCUCUGGAAAAGCCUGGUUUUGCACAAUUCUAUCCGCUUUUGGUGUCGUCAUACUAUCUGUAAUUGCUCAUUUGUUCAACGUUAACCAUGAAUCCCUUGUGGGCUCCAUAAAUGAUCCAGAAGAUGGUCCUGCAGUUGCCCAUACCGUGUUCUUGGCAGCACUCGUAUACCUUGCCUUCUUUGUCUUUUGCGGUUUUAACGUCUAUUUGUCGACAAAGAAGCAGCAUAUCGAGUUGCGGUAG